AUGCAGGCUCAUAUCCCUCGCCAUCUACGACUAGUGUGUCAGCUCGAUACCCGGUUGAUACCACGGCAAGCUCCAUGGAUGCACUCGUUAAAAACAAAUCAAACUGAACAGCCAAAGCAACUACGUUCAAUAACAAGUACUAGUAGCAUCCAUCAUCAAAUGCCCCACUCACCAUGUACAUAUACCCCAUGGCUAUCUAUAAUACCACCGCUGCUAUACAGAAGGCCGACAUCAAAUGCAUUGACACUUGUCAACCAAGUACGAACCAAGAAAACAGAAGGAAGGACCAUCAUGCUCAAUUCUGCGCGUGUCAAGGAACCGUCAAAGAGGAAGGGUAAAAAGUACAAGCUGAAGAAUCAUCAGGCUGCUGUCAAGAGAUGGAUUGUAAUGGCCAAUGGAAUGUUCAAGAGGGCACAGGCCGGGAAACGGCAUUUGAAUAGCAAGAUGAGGGCAUGGAAGCGGAAAGCAAAGAGGAGACGAGUGUUGGCUACUGGAACUCAACGACGAAUGUUGAGGCGUCUUGUUCCUUAUUAUAGGAAGCGCUACAUGAAGGAAUAA